AGUCAUCAGUGAAAAGUACUGGAUCUGGGUCCUGAUCUGUCCAAUUGGCGUGAUCUUCAUUCCAUUCCACACGUGUUUGCCUAUGAUGUCGGGUCAGUAGGAUGCGAAUGCAUUCCCUGCGUGACCGAAAACCAGCCUCAUGGAGACGAUUACGUACUGUCUGAGUAGAAAUGCCCCGGAAGUUCAUGCCGAUUAAGAUCUCAACUGUGUAAAAUGCUGUUCCCAUCGGAUGUCGUGUACGUCGUUUCCGGAAGUGUCGUUGCCAUCGUCAGCGUCGUUGUAUGGUACUACCGCCGUAACAAGCACACUCUUCCAAAACUACACUACGUAGACUCCAAUCUUCAUCGACACAUCCUGAAAAGCAAACCGGGAUUUACCUCCCCUUACCGGCCGCCAUUUUGGCUUCAGAACAACCAUCUUCAUACGAUUAUAGCAACCUUGGUGCCAAAGACCAAAGUUACUUUCAAGCGAGAGUACAUGGAUCUAGAUGACGGGGGUGUAGUUGCUUUGGACUGGGCACAGGACGGUUUGGAUCGUCUUUCAGACAUAAGUACUAUUCUCAUUGUGGUGCCCGGUUUGACGGCGAGCGCAGACGAUAUGGGCGGACUGUGCAGCAUGGCGUCAAAGCGAGGUUACCGAGUUGUGGUAUUCAACAAACGUGGGCACGGGGGUUCCGUAUUGGCGACACCUAAACUGCAAGGGUUUGGUGAUGCGAAGGAUAUUAGACGCUGUGUGGAGUAUAUACGCGACAAGAAUCCCGCAGCAAAAAUUGUGGCUAUAGGCUCCAGUGCAGGGUCGGGCCUUCUUGCCUCCUAUCUAGGUGAAUAUGGAGCUGACUGUAUCCUGGCAACCGGUGUCGCCAUAUGCCCAGCAUUUGACACCGUGGAAUUCUUUACAAAGCCCUUGAAUUUAAUCUACCAAUUUCUUCUUCUAUCGUCCGUAAAGAAAAUCGUGAAGAAACAUGCCAAGGUCUUAUCGCCAUUGCUGGAUCUUGAUGCGGCAUACAGAUCAAGAUGUUUCACGGAUUUCGAUACCAAUGUCUAUUGCAAAUUCUACGGGUAUAAAGAUGUUUUUGAGUACUGGAAGCAUAACGAUCCAUUGCGAAAUGUUCAGAAUAUAUCGGUUCCCAUAAUGACCAUAAGCAGCAUGGACGAUCCCAUUUCUGUAGCCAGGAACAUACCAUUCGACAUGUUUCAAGAGAAGUCUGAUUGGUUGCUGGCGACGACAAACAAGGGAGGUCACUGCGGUUUCCUGGAAGAAUCCACACUGACGCCUUGGUCUGACCGAAUAGCUCUUGAUUACAUUGACGCUGUGCUGGAGUUCCAAGGAGCUGAGAUGAGGUGAAAUUUUUGAACUUUAAAAAAGAACACCUUUGACUCCUUUUUGAUGUGUCGAUUGGUAUGUUCUUUUUCAUAGACACUAGAUUUAGAAACGUUUAAAGAAAUUCAAAAAUACAAGUUUAAAGUAAUUCAAUUAGAUUUGAUAUAUUUGCUGAUUGGCUGAUCAUAGAAUGGGUGGGGCUUGUUGGGCAUUAUUACACUGAACGUUGUCACUCAUUAUAUGCUUUUGUCUGAAGUUAUUUUUUGUUGAUUUUCUAUUAAUAGUGUUUCUGUACGCGAUUAUACACAGUGUGCAUACCGUGCAUCAUGUGUACAUCUCGAUAAAUGCAAAAGAUAUUGAAUUCAAAUUUUGAAAACCAGUUAUUUUUUAUUUACUCUUUCCUUCUUUCUUUGUUAUAUCUGUACUUCAACACACAAGGUUCAAUCUUUGUUGGUCCAAUGCAUGAUGUUCCUUCUUGGUGUACACCUGUCCUCGUAAUGCUGGAAUAUUUAAUAAAGCAUCCCUCCUACUCGUUGACGGAAGCAAUGGAUGUCAAUUAUUUCUCACGAAAACACUUCUUUUGUGAAAUUUUGAUGUCACAUUCAAUAUCAUUUCAAUAAAGUCAGUUGUCACUUG